AUGGCCCUCAUUCUGACCUUCUCUAUCUCCUUUCUUUGCCUCUGUUUCUUCCUUCUUCCUUCUUCCUUCUUCCUUCUUCCUUCUUGGUUGAAAUUCUAGCGUAUCGGAGUCAUGGUGGCCUGACCAUCGCUCGGCUAUCACUCCUCCGCUGCAAUUCUCUCCAUCCUCUGUUUCUCUUGUGUUUGAAUUUACAGAAAUCUAAGCGAAGAAACCCCAAAACCCCCAAAUCAGAAUUCCCAAACCCUAAAAUUUUCAAUCUCUCUUACCACCCCAAAUUCUCACCACCUCGACCAUUCGUGCAUGUCUUCAUCGGCUACUGGAGUCGCCGGAAAUGCAAAAGAACCGCCGGAACAGUAGAAAUUUCUCGGCUUCGAUAGAGCUCGUCGAUGGAAACCCAAGCCGGUGGAAACCCAAGGCAUAGAAUUGGUCGCGAUGUCGAGAGGAGUUGAAUGAGACCUGUGCGCCGCCGUUUAUUGGCUGGACGGAAGAUUUCUGGUCGGGUCUUCUUUGCGGUUUCCGGGUUCGAGAAACGGGUCUCCAGCACUUCGCGGUUGCAUGUUGUGCAGGUGGAGCGAAAGUGAGAGAGGCCUCUGAGAUCGUAACCGUCUUCUCUAAAUUCGCAGACAUGGUUGCUCUCAAGUUUCACCAGUACCAGGUGGUGGGUAGGGCUCUCCCCAAGGAUGCCGAGGACACCCCCAAGAUCUACCGCAUGAAGCUUUGGCACACCAAUGAUGUUCGCGCCAAGUCCAAGUUCUGGUAUUUCCUGAAGAAGGUGAAGAAGGUGAAGAAGAGCAAUGGCCAAAUUGUUGCCAUCAAUGAGAUGUUGGAGAAGAAACCUACUGUUGUUGAGAACUACAGUAUUUGGUUGAGGUAUCAAAGUAGGACAGGGUAUCACAACAUGUACAAGGAGUACCGUGACACCACUCUGAAUGGGGCUGUGGAUCAGAUGUGCACUGAGAUGGCUUCUCGCCACAGGGUCAGGUUUCCUUGCAUCCAAAUCAUCGAGACUGCCACGAUCCCAGCUAAGCUUUGCAAGAGGGAAAGUACCAAGCAAUUCCACAAUUCCAAGAUCAAGUUUCCAUUGAACUCUGACGAUGCAUUUAUGUCAGAUUAUGUUCGAAUCCUCAUUUUACUAAUCGUGCAUUGGACUGCUAACUGAAAGAAGUACUAGUUGCAUAUUGAACUUCUAACUUGUGGAAUAGUGGUUUAAUGUUAUUGGACUACUGUUGCAUCAGCUUGUUCGCAUCAUAUCUCAUGCAAAUAGAUAAUCCAUGGAAAGCCUUGUAUGAAUGCUGUUCGAUAGAAUGUUGGAUAAACAAGGCUUUUAGUUUGUCAUCAUCCAAAUGUAACUUGCAAAAGAGUCUGAUAAAAUGAAACUAGUUGUGCGCUAUUGGUUAUUUCUUAGCUUUAUUCUUUGAGCCACGAGGCCGAUCAGGACCUCACAGCGGCAUUUGCAGUAAUAAAGGUAGCU